UGGCAGGUGUGGCCAAAGAUCUUGAUCAGCACCUGCCAGGUAUUUAAGUCAGAGGAGGCCUCAACCAAGCAGGCAUGCAGAGAGAGCAGAGCAGGAGGUUGUGCUGAUCAUUUCAGCCAAAAUGCAGUUGGAGUUGGCUGUUUUGUGUCUUCUGCUUCUACAACGUGGGGCUCAGAGUUUUGGAAUUUUACCCGGAAAAUCUCUAAAUCACCUGGAAAUCACAAAGCAAGCUAUCCUGAACGCCACAGUGCAGACAUGCCGCAGCCUGGCCCUGGCAGAGGGGACAAACUUCAACUUCCCUACACAGCCUUUCACUGUAGAGGGUGUCACCACAGCCUGCAAUGCAAAGCAUUCCUCAAGGACCUUCAAGGAAGCCAUUACCUUCAUCCAGCUGAAGAAUGCUCAAGUGGACAUUCGCUAUGCCCUUGAUGGAAGUUUUCACUUUGAUAAUGAAAUGCUAGUCCAGGGAAAGAGAAUCAUCACAGAAGGACUAACAGCUGUCAAAGCAAGCAACACGCAAGGAAAUUAUGAGGCGGCUAGGCAAAUGCUGGGAAAAAUUCUGCAUCCUUUACAGGACUUUUACAGUCACAGUAAUUGGGUGGAAUUAGGAAAUGAAUUCCCUAACUCCAAUCUGAUCAGGGCAGACGCCAGCAUUGGUAACAUAGCAGAAAAAAGCAGAGCUACGUGUCGCAGCUGUGUUGAUGAUGACUGCAGGAACAACAUUCUGGAGGACAUCAUAGCAGAGAAGACUCUGACUUCUGGGUACUUUGAUAUCGCAAUCCUAACUUCAACCAAACCUCCAGGAAAGUGCAGCCAUGGAGGAGUAGUUGAUCAAACCAGCAGGAUCGAGCCCAAAGGUGGGAUCAACAAAGACUCCCUGACUUCCAGCCACGGACAUCUUCACACCACGGCCGCCAACAUGGCAGUUGCUGCAACAAGUCAGCUCCUGGAAGACGUUCAAAAAGCAGCUGGAGACAAAUUGUUCCUGGAGAUGAUGGGGAUUUUCAAGGGAUCCAGCAAAGCCCUUUGCUUUGUCAUCGACACCAGCAAGAGUAUGAGUGACAACAUUGAAACGGUGAAGACUGUGGCCUCCUCUAUAAUCGACAGUGAUGCUGGAACAGACAGAAAACCCUCAUGGUAUAAUCUUGUACCGUUCAGUGACCCAGGAUUUGGGCCAGUGCUAAAAACAUCUGACUCCACAGUUUUCAAGGACACAAUUAAUUCCUUAACAACAACUGGUGGAGGAGACAAUCCCGAGCAGAGUCUGUCAGGGCUGCAGUUGGCAUUGACUGCUGCUCCUUUCAAAUCUGAGAUCUUUGUCUUCACGGAUGCGCCUGCUAAAGACAAGAACUUGAAGAGCACAGUGAUUGCACUCAUUGAGCGGACCCAGACUGUGGUGAAUUUUAUGAUUACAGACUCAUCACUAACUAAUCGACGCAGAAGAAGAGAUGAGCAGCAGUCCAGAAUGAUCGCAGCAGACGAUGCUCAGCUGUACAGAGACCUGGCUCAGGCGUCAGGAGGUCUGGCUAUUGAAGUCACCAAGGCUGAACUUCCUACGGCCGCAUCAAUCAUAAAGCAGUCGACCAGCGGCUCUGAGGUGACUCUUCUUCAGGCAGCCAGGAACCCAGGAAAGUCAGACACUUUCACGUUUACAGUUGAUGAAACUGUGACAAGCGUGAGAGUUUACAUCAUCGGCCUGUCCGUCACUUUUACUCUUAAAAGCCCAACAGGCACUUCCCAGCAGAGCACUGACUCAUCAGGUUCCUUAAUCAAGACAUCUCAGUCUGCGGGAAAUUUCAGGACUCUGGAACUACAAACACAAGUUGGUGGAUGGGAAAUCAAAAUGGUGUCAACAAACCCCUACACACUGAAAGUUACAGGGCAAAGUUCCAUUGACUUUAUGUUUGAGUUUGUGGCGCCAUCUUCAGGCCCUUUCUCUGGAUUUGAUGUGCUUGAAACGCGUCCCAGGGCAGGUCUCAACAGCAGCUUGUUUGUGUCUUUGUCGGGGAGCGACAGCGCCUCACUAACAGAGGUUGCUUUGGUCGAGUUGUCCGGGUCAGAAGAGGUUAAAGGAGUGUUGGUGCCGCAAGACGAUGGAAAUUACUUGGUCCAGGUUGACAGAAUUCCAACAGUGGAGUUUGUUUUGCGGGUGACGGGAAUACUUCCCAGCUCUUCAAAUGUCUUCCAAAGGCAGUCACCGACCAACUUUAGAGCAUCAAAUCUAACCAUGACAGCUCAUUCAAACAGCAUCAUUGUACCAGGCACACCCUUCUCUGUCCCCUUCUUUGUGAUGAGCAGUGGAGCAGGGGGGAACCUAACUAUUCGAGUUACCAACAACAGACUUUUUGAUUCAACAUUUCCGAGCACUUUAUGGCUGGAAAGUGGAAACAGUACGAACGGCACAGUGACCCUCUCAGCGCCUCUCAACACCCCAUCUGGCACAGACGUUGUACUGACCAUCGAAGCAGAGACUCCUGGAGCCACAGACAUUAACUACAUUGUGUUGCGCUUCUCCGUUGUCAAUCCGGGAGCUGACUUUACUCCUCCAGUAUGUCAGCGGCUCAGCCUGCAGUCCAAAUGCCCUGAGAAUUGCAGUCAGUCCAUGUGGGAGCUCUCCGUCAGGGUGACUGAUGGGGCUGAUGGGACAGGUGUAGAAAGAGUCAGCCUCUACCGAGGCACUGGGACCCUGAACACCAGCCUGCAAGCUGGAAAUGAGAACAUAACACUGGUGUCCUACACCUCCUCCUGCUGCUCUCCUGAAGUGGACCUACUCGUUGUGGAUCGUGUCGGUAAUGUGGGCCACUGCCUCUUCAACGGAAAUGAAGUUUCCACCAGACUCGCUCAGUCCUCCUUCUUGUGCCUCAGCUUAUUGGCAGUUGGGCUCCACCUGUUGGUGGAGCUGAGCUUCAGAUAAGUCUGUCUCAAAACAAUUGAACAGACAGUUUAGAUACAGGUCUUCCACUUCUUUUGACUUAAAAAAUAAAAUUAUAAUCAAUUUUUGUUGAAAAGAAUGUCAUUUUUUAAUUUUCUAUUGACUACGGCACAGUAGGUUAUGUUCCAACGGCAAUGUGAUAUAUUUUAAAUCAAAAUUUUGAAAAAAAGUUCUGCAUAUUUUAUUGUUUGUGUUACACUUCAAUUACUAUAAUUAAGUAUUAUGUAAAUGAUUUAUUGGAGUGACUAAUAGAAAUAGAUAAUAAAAAUAAUGUGUUGUUUACCAUAUUUUGGAUUAUAAAAGUUAAAAUAAUGUAGGUUUUUAUUUUUAUUUUAUUUUAUUUUAGUUUGGCAGAGCACCCUCAUAUGAUCUUAGUUGUGCUUUGGCCAGUUAUAAAUAAGUUAAAAUAUCAAAACUUAAAUCAAAUCACUAAAAUAAAAUUUUCUUUUCAGCAACAUUUGCAAUAUUUUAUUACAAUGCUGUAACACCAGGUACUGUCAAAUAAUUAAGAAUGCCUCGUUAAACUGAGAAAAGGUUGUUGUUGCUUUUAAAAGUGAAUACCUUUGUUCUACUUAAAAUAUAACCCAAUAUGCAAAACAAAAUGUUUGGAUAAUUUUCAAAAAUAUUGUAGCUACCUGGGAGUUAGCCUUGAGUCCCUAAGACUUAUGGGAAGUGGGGAAUCUUGGGUGAAAAACAUGAGUGAGAGGGCUGGAAGCAGAAGUCACUUCCAUGCUGUUUGGCUGUUUGUGGUAUGCUAAAAUAAAUGGGCAAUGAUGCCGGAACUGUGA